UAUGGAGAGAGAAGAGAAAAACUCCUCCCUAACUUCACCUUUGAUUCAGAUAUCCGGAGAUCAAAAUGACGAUUAUAGACUAGUAAGCAACAGAGCAGAGGGAAGAAAGAAAGUUUUUGAUGAAGUGAAGAAACAGCUAUGGCUAGCAGGGCCUCUAAUAGCAGUGAGUCUAUUCCAGUAUUGUCUACAGAUGAUAUCGGUGAUGUUCGUUGGUCAUCUUGGUGAUCAGCUAGCUCUGUCUGGUGCGUCAAUGGCCAAUUCCUUUGCAACAGUUACUGGUUUCAGCUUGCUGUUGGGAAUGGCAACUGCCUUGGAUACCCUUUGCGGACAGUCAUAUGGGGCAAAGCAGUAUUUUAUGCUGGGCAUACACAUGCAAAGAGCUAUGCUUAUUCUUGUAAUUGUGAGCAUACCGCUUGCUAUUAUAUGGGUAAACACGACACCUAUUCUACUUCUUCUAGGUCAAGAUCAUGACAUAUCGAAGAAAGCUGGAGAGUAUGCUAGUUUCAUGGUUCCGAGCCUAUUUGCAUAUGGUCUUCUUCAAUGUCUAGUCAAAUUCUUGCAAACUCAAAACAUUGUAUUUCCAAUGAUGAUAUGCUCUGGAAUUACAACUUUACUGCACAAUCUUAUCUGUUGGGUCACGGUUUUCAAAUCUAACCUUACAUUUAGAGGAGCUGCCUUGGCGAAUUCAAUCUCCAAUUGGACAAAUGUCUUCUUGUUGGUUUUGUAUGUCAAGUUCUCUCCUUCAUGCGCAAGGACUUGGGCAGGAUUUUCAAAGGAGGCCUUUCAUAAUAUUUUCACUUUUCUUCGACUUGCUAUUCCAUCAGCUAUUAUGGUCUGCUUGGAGAUGUGGUCAUUUGAAAUGGUAGUUUUGCUAUCAGGUCUUCUUCCUAAUCCAAAGUUACAAACUUCGGUGCUCUCUAUUUGCCUUAACACUGCUUACACGGUUUGGAUGAUACCCUUUGGACUCAGUGGAGCAGUAAGCACUCGGAUCUCAAAUGAAUUAGGAGCAGGAAAUCCACAAGUAGCACGUUUAGCUGUAUGUGUUGCCAUAGUCAUGGCCAUUUCCGAGGGCCUUUUGGUGGGAUCAAUCUUGAUAUUGAUUCGCAACAUUUGGGGCUACGCUUAUAGCAAUGAAGUAGAAGUAGUUAAAUAUGUAGCAACCUUGAUGCCAUUUGCAGCAACUUCAACCUUUUUUGAUGCCCUCCAGUGUGUUCUCUCAGGCACUGCUAGAGGAUGUGGAUGGCAGAAGAUUGGCGCAUAUGUCAAUCUUGGAUCUUAUUAUAUGGUUGGGAUUCCUUGUACUAUUUUGUUAGCUUUCGUACUCGAUGCUGGUGGAAAGGGUCUCUGGCUGGGAAUCAUAUGUGCACUUGUUGUUCAAGCAACUUCUCUUAGUAUUAUUACCAUUCGAACUAACUGGGAGCAAGAGGUAAGAUAUUCAACCUCUCUCAAUAAUUUAGCCACCUCCUAUGAUUUUCUUAUAUUUUCUAACACAUUCUUUUACGAAAGAUUGACUUUUCACCACUUUUAUUUAGGCAAAAAAAGCUACGGAGCGAGUAUAUGAUUAUGCAAUCUCGGUGGAUGUUGUUUCAUGAAGUUGUUUUUUAUUAUCAUCUCGUUUCAUUACAGGAUAAGCAUAAGUUUUCACCUAAACUUUGAAGGAGCUGGAGCCACACCACAGUUUCUAGAGAUGUUUAGGGACUUAGUAGUGUUUGAUUAUUGAAUCUAUUUCAAGAAUGACAGAAGUUGCAUUUCCAAGUAUGGAAAAAGCUUCCCAGACAUAGGAAUUGAAACAGGAACAUUCUUGUAAAGUUUUUUCCAUGUAAACUUUAAACAGAUAGAAGUCAAUUUUCUUGAAGCAACGAUUAAUGGCAAAUUCAGCUAUGAAAAUUUUGAAACGAAGGAAAUUGAAGGCUGUGGGUAGGGAGGGGAAGAACCCAAGUCCUAUUCCACACUUAUCA